AUGUGGCUGAACCCUGAGGAAGUGCUCCUGAAAAAUGUGCUGAAGCUGUGGCUGAUGGAAAGGUCCAACGACUACUUCGUGCUGCAACGGCGUCGGGGCUACGAGGAGGAAGGCGGAGGGGGACUCACAGGGCUUCUGGUUGGGACUCUUGAUUCGGUCUUAGAUUCUACUGCUAAAGUAGCUCCAUUUCGCAUCCUAUACCAGACACCAGAUUCUCAAGUUUACUUGUCAAUUGCAUGUGGAGCCAAUAGAGAAGAAAUAACCAAGCAUUGGGAUUGGUUGGAACAAAAUAUCAUGAAGACCUUAUCUGUGUUUGAUUCAAAUGAAGAUAUUACUAAUUUUGUACAAGGAAAGAUAAGAGGAUUAAUUGCUGAAGAGGGAAAACAUUCUUUUGCAAAAGAAGAUGAUCCUGAGAAAUUUCGAGAAGCCCUUUUGAAAUUUGAAAAGUGUUUUGGCUUACCAGAGCAGGAGAAGUUAGUGACCUAUUACUCAUGCAGUUAUUGGAAAGGACGAGUUCCUUGUCAGGGUUGGCUCUAUCUUAGCACCAACUUUCUGAGCUUCUAUUCUUUUUUCUUGGGAUCAGAAAUAAAACUCAUUAUCUCCUGGGAUGCAGUCUCAAAACUUGAAAAGACAUCAAAUGUCGUAUUGACAAAGAGUAUUCACAUAUGUUCCCAAGGGGAGAAUCACUACUUUUCCAUGUUUUUGCACAUUAACCAAACAUACCUUCUCAUGGAACAGCUAGCGAACUAUGCCAUAAGGAGACUUUUUGAUAAGGAAACAUUUGAUAAUGACCCAAUCCUUGAUGAUCCUCUACAAAUCACCAAAAGAGUUUUGGAAAAUCGAGCCCACAGUGAGCAAUUUAAUGCCUUUUUUAGGCUGCCCAAAGAAGAGACUUUGAAAGAAGUACAUGAAUGUUUCUUAUGGGUACCAUUCAGCCACUUCAAUACUCAUGGAAAAAUGUGCAUCUCAGAAAACUAUAUCUGCUUUGCUAGCCAGGAUGGUAGUCUAUGUAGUGUAAUCAUUCCAUUACGAGAGGUCUUAGCUAUAGAUAAGACAGAUGAUUCCAGCAAAUCUGUCAUCAUUAGCAUCAAAGAAAAAACAGCUUUUUGCUUCAGUGAAGUUAAAGACUUUGAGCAACUCGUGACAAAACUCAGGCUCAAAUGCGGAGCAGCUUCAACUGAAUGUCAUGAUAUUAGUACAGAGCUUGCUCUUAGUUAUGACUCUACAGGCCCAUCUGAUAAUUUCGAGGCACUAUCUUUGACAUGUCAGAGAGAAUGCAGUAAAACUGUGAACAACGAAGCCUUAAUGACAGUAUUUCACCCUCAGAAUUUGGAGACUCUUAAUUCUAAAAUGUUGAAAGAAAAGAUGAAGGAACAGUCAUGGAACAUCCUAUUUGCAGAAUGUGGGCGUGGUGUUAGCAUGUUUCGAACCAAAAAGACUCGCGAUCUGGUUGUAAGAGGGAUUCCAGAAACCUUAAGAGGAGAGCUCUGGAUGCUUUUUUCAGGUGCUGUUAAUGACAUGGCUACUAAUCCUGGCUAUUAUGCUAAAGUGGUUGAGCAGUCCUUAGGGACCUGCAAUUUGGCUACGGAAGAAAUUGAACGUGAUUUACGUCGCUCCCUGCCUGAGCACCCAGCGUUUCAGAGUGACACUGGCAUAUCUGCUCUGAGGCGGGUACUCACUGCUUAUGCAUACAGGAAUCCCAAAAUUGGAUACUGCCAGGCAAUGAACAUUUUGACGUCUGUGUUGCUUCUGUAUGCAAAAGAGGAAGAAGCUUUUUGGCUUCUGGUUGCUGUAUGUGAACGAAUGUUGCCAGAUUAUUUUAAUCGCCGAAUCAUUGGUGCCUUGGUGGAUCAGGCAGUCUUUGAAGAACUUAUCAGACAUCACCUUCCUCAGCUGACAGAACACAUGACUGAUAUGACAUUCUUUUCCUCAAUUUCUCUCUCAUGGUUCCUCACACUUUUUAUUAGUGUGCUGCCUAUUGAAAGUGCAGUGAAUGUGGUGGACUGUUUCUUCUAUGAUGGAAUAAAGGCCAUUUUACAACUGGGAUUGGCAAUACUUGACUAUAAUUUAGAUAAACUACUGGCGUGUAAAGAUGAUGCUGAAGUCGUAACAGCUUUAAACAGGUUCUUUGACAGUGUCACUAAUAAGGAUAGCCCAUUACCUUCAGGUGUUCAGCAGAGUUCAAAUGUGAGUGACAAGAAAAGCAGUCAUAUUACAGUGGAUAUUACAGAUUUGAUUAGAGAGUCAAAUGAGAAAUAUGGUAAUAUUCGCUAUGAAGAUAUACACAGCAUGCGCUGUCGAAAUAGGUUGUAUGUGAUACAGACCCUAGAGGAAACAACAAAGCAGAAUGUGUUGCAUGUUGUAUCACAAGACGUGAAAUUGAGCCUUCAUGAGCUGGAUGAACUUUAUGUCAUCUUUAAGAAAGAGCUGUUUUUAUCUUAUUAUUGGUGUUUGAGUUGUCCAGUAUUGAAGCACCAUGACCCCAGUCUGCCAUAUUUGGAGAAGUAUCAGAUUGACUGCCAGCAGUUCAGAGUAUUGUAUCACUUGUUGAGUCCCUGGGCUCAUUCUGCAAACAGAGACUCACUAGCUUUAUGGACAUUCAGACUGUUGGAUGAAAACUCUGACUGCCUUAUAAACUUCAAAGAAUUCUCCUCUGCAAUUGAUAUAAUGUACAAUGGAAGUUUUACUGAGAAGCUUAAGCUGCUUUUUAAGCUACAUACUCCUCCAGCUUAUACUGAAGUGAAAAUUAAGGACCCUUCAAAAGGAGAUGACCUUUCCAAGGACGAAUUACUUUAUUUCAGUCAGCUCCGUGUUUCCAAGCCUGCAAAUGAGAAGGAAGCAGAAUCAGUAAAAAUCAUCCCUGAAAAAGGCAAAGGAAAAACUGAUAUUCAAGCAUAUCUAAAUCAAUGGCAAGAUGAGCUUUCCAGAAAAGAAAAAAACAAGGAUUUACCAAGAAUGAAUCAGUCACAAUUUAUUCAGUUUUCAAAGACUCUUUAUAACUUAUUUCAUGAGGACCCUGAAGAAGAGUCAUUAUAUCAAGCCAUUGCUGUUGUAACCAGCCUGUUGCUCAGGAUAGAAGAAGUUGAAAGGAAAUUACAUAGCCCUACAUCGUCAGCUAAGGAAUUCUCUGAUACAGCCUGUGCUUCUGGAGGUCCCAGUGAGGAGAUAACAGAGAGCCACUUGGAAAAAGAUUCCUCUUCUCAUAGGGAGGAACCUCAGUGGUCAUUAGCAUUUGAACAGAUUCUUGCAUCUCUGUUGAAUGAACCUGCACUGGUGAGGUUUUUUGAGAAACCUGUAGAUGUAAAAGCCAAGCUAGAAAAUGCAAAAACCUCUCAGUUAAGGUCUAGAACCAAGAUGUAA